AGUAACAAUUUAUCCAUUUUUUUGAGGAAUUUAUUAGAGAUUUUUUGGUUUUUAUCAACUGUGCAAUAGAAAAAUAAUCAUUAGAUUAAUUUUCUAAAUAGUCAUUAGAAUAGUCGACUAUUCGAUAAAAUAAUCGUCAGAAUAAUCGUUUUAAAAAUAAUCGUUUACCCCCAGCCCUAGUGUAAACAUGUAAUUCCAUAAUUCAGUUCUUUGACCAGGUAUGUUUAAACCAUGUAGUCAACCUGUGGUGUCAAGCAUGUUAUUUGUUUCUUUAGUUUGGUUCUUUGGCACCAGAUGUCCUUUUCAAUCACAAAAAGAGAUGACAUGGAGAGGACAAGAAACACUGAUGAUAGGUUAAACACGAGAGUUUCAUUGUUGAAAUAUCUUAGUAUUUCAUUGUUGUUGAGAACUGUUUGUUCUUGAAUGGCUUAUUAAUUUUUGGAACUUGCAUCAGUAAACAUCAAAUUGAAGAUUUCUUUAGGCGGUGAGCUUUCCAAAAGCAUCAGCACAGUGUACUCCAUCUGAGUCUGCUAGAAGGUGAUUCUUGCAAGGGUUUGAAUUUGCUGCAGGUACAAGCUGUGCAGCUAAGCAGAGCGCAGCACUCCGUCAUCAUCGCUCCGUUUCCCAGACACCAUCACUUUUACCAUUCUGCUAUUAUUUGUUUUUAUUAAUAGCUCUGCAAAGUCAAGCAGAAGUGAAAGCCAGGCAAAGGGUGCUCUCGAUAUUUAACAAAUGCAGCAAGAAAACAAACAGGAAACUUUUGUUUAUGUGGAAAUACAAACAAGUGACAAUAUUUUAACUUUGAUAAGUACUAUCAGUAAAUGCAGGCAGACAAGUCAAGUCAGCUCCACGAAGAUUUCCUACUUCUGGUGUCUGUCAGUCUUCCUGUUCCUUUCUUGGUCUCUGACUUAACAACACAGGCCAGAAAGGUGUGGCCACCCUCAUUGCUGUUAUGAUUGGCUGGUAGCCUGGGUUGUGUUAUCUCCUGUCAAACAUGCUGUUGUCCCACCCCAGAUAGGGCCUGGCAUUACACUUAGCCCGGCCCACUCUCAGUUACAUCACAACCUGUGGAAAGAGCCUUGCAUUUUUGCUUUCUCUUUACCCUGAACGGGCAGGUAAUGCUGCAUUGAAGGAGGUGUCAUGUUGCCUCGUGAGUUUCACCUCUUUGAGAAACUUUAGAGACCGUGUGUGUGUUUUAGUGAGUAUGGGCCUGCAGAUAUAUGCCCCGAUGCAGUGUAAUUGUAGCUCCGCUGCAUGCCAGUAAACACUCGACACAGGCACUGGACUCUUUUGCCUGCUUCUCUGUAAAUGGGGCAGAUCGAGCAGACGGGUCGUUUGUGUGGCUGCAUGGUGCGGCACAGGUGUUCUUACUUCUCACCAGAGUGAGAGAUCUUUAAAAGUUCCGCUAAAAUGGAUUUUCUUAAGAGCCUGGUUCCAGCCGUGAUCUCAGGGGAGGCACCUGUUGAACAUGGGGUAAUCUUACCCAAAGAGUCGGGUCCACGACUCCUUCGCAUGAAAAGACUGGGUCUGCUCACCAUGGGACAGACCAUCGAAGAAGAUCCAGUAGACCCAGUGAUUAAAGUUCAUUCAAGAAUGAGCUCCUCCAGACCUCAAACCCGCGUCAAAGCUUCUGCACCAGUCAACAGCAGCGUGAUCAGACGCCGUGCCCCCUCCUCAGUGACUCCCCUUUUGUGGGAGAAACACAACAUUGCAGCCAUGUCGAGCAUCACCAUCGACCCCGAGCUGAAGCCCGGGGAGUUUGUCAUCAAGAGCCUAUUUGCAGAGUUUGCUGUGCUUGCUGAGAAGAAGAUUGAGAUGGUUAUGGCCGAACCGCUGGAGAAACCUCUGUCCCGAUCGCUCCAAAGGGGGGAAGAUCCACAGUUUGACCAGUUAAUAAGCUCCAUGAGCUCUAUAGCAGAACACUGUUUGCCCUCCCUGCUGCGCACACUGUUCGACUGGUACAGGCGUCAGAGUGGCACUGAAGACGAGCCGUACGAGUACAGGCCUCGCUCCAGUACGAAGUCUAAAGGAGAUGAACAGCACCGGGAUAAAGAUUACCUUCUAGAAAGACGAGACUUAGCCAUAGAUUUUAUUUUUUGUUUAGUUUCAGUGGAAGUUCUGAAACAGAUUCCUCUGCAUCCAGUGCCAGAUGCUUUAGUACAUGAAGUCCUAAACCUGGCGUUCAAGCACUUUAAACACAAAGAGGGGUACAGCGGCCCCAACACUGGGAAUGUGCACAUCAUUGCAGACCUGUAUGCAGAGGUCAUAGGAGUUCUUACACAGUCAAAGUUUCAGGCUGUGAGGAAAAAGUUCAUCACAGAACUGAAAGAGCUCCGACAAAAAGAACAAAGUCCUUACGUAGUCCAGAGCAUCAUCAGCCUCAUCAUGGGCAUGAAGUUCUUCCGGGUCAAAAUGUACCCUGUGGAGGAUUUUGAGGCAUCUUUUCAGUUCAUGCAGGAGUGUGCCCAGUACUUCCUUGAAGUCAAGGAUAAAGACAUAAAGCAUGCUUUAGCUGGUCUUUUUGUUGAGAUCCUCAUCCCUGUUGCAGCAGCGGUGAAAAAUGAAGUCAACGUGCCAUGCCUGAAAACAUUUGUGGAGAUGCUCUACCAGACAACGUUUGACCUUAGCUCCAGAAAGAAGCACUCUUUGGCUCUUUAUCCCCUGGUAACAUGUUUGCUCUGCGUAAGCCAGAAGCAGUUCUUUCUCAACAACUGGCACAUCUUCCUCCAGAACUGUCUCUCACACCUGAAGAUGCCGUCUAACAACAGCAUCCGAAAGCAGAUUGAGACACUGCAGAAUAAAGAUCCCAAAAUGUCUCGUGUUGCGCUGGAGUCGCUCUACAGGCUGCUUUGGGUCUACAUCAUCAGGAUCAAGUGUGAGAGUAACACCGUCACACAAAGUCGAUUGCUCAGCAUUGUGUCAGCACUUUUCCCCAAAGGCUCCCGCAGUGUGGUGCCCAGAGACACGCCCCUCAACAUUUUCGUUAAGAUCAUCCAGUUUAUAGCUCAAGAAAGGCUGGACUUUGCUAUGAAGGAGAUUAUCUAUGACCUCCUGAGUGUGGGAAAGUCUCACAAAACCUUUACCAUCAAUCCUGAGAGGAUGAAUAUUGGUUUGCGAGCCUUCUUGGUGAUUGCUGACAGUCUUCAGCAGAAAGAUGGGGAGCCUCCAAUGCCGACCACUGGGAUCAUCAUGCCCUCUGGAAACACCCUGCGUGUCAAAAAGAUCUUUCUCAACACCACCCUCACCGAUGACGAAGCUAAAGUCAUAGGCAUGUCCAUGUACUAUCCACAAGUAAGGAAGGCUUUGGAUAACAUCUUGCGAUACCUGGACAAGGAAGUGGGACGCUCAAUGAGCAUGACAAGUGUACAGAUGUCCAACAAGGAGCCCGAGGAUAUGAUCACGGGAGAAAGAAAACCAAAAAUCGAUCUUUUCCGAACGUGUGUGGCCGCCAUUCCAAGACUGCUACCAGAUGGCAUGAGCAUUCAAGAUCUAAUAGAACUUCUAGCCAAGUUGACCAUCCACAUGGAUGAGGAGCUGCGUGGCCUUGCCUUUACAACUCUUCAGGCCCUGAUGGUGGACUUUCCAGAGUGGCGGGAGGAUGUCCUCUCAGGGUUUGCGUACUUUAUCGUCAGAGAAGUCACUGAUGUUCAUCCCACACUUCUGGACAACUCUGUAAAGAUGCUUUUGCAGCUCAUCAUCCAAUGGAGGCAAGCAGUGCAGAGCAGCAAUAAAAGCCUCGACACACCGGGCUCAAGCAGUGGUCGUUCCCUAUCCUUGGAGCGCACCCCUACAAAUGUGCUUCAUGUUGUGGAGGGUUUGGCGCUGGUUGUGCUCUGUAGCUGCCGCCCCGCCACCCGAAGGCUAGCCGUUAACAUCCUAAAGGAAGUCCGAGUGCUACACACUGCACUAGGCAUUGGCAAGUGUGAUGAGGAACUGGCUAUUGACGUCAUGGAUCGAUUAAGCGCGUCAGUGUUGGAGAGCUUCAUUCAUCUCACUGGAGCUGAUCAGACCAACCUGCUGUAUUGUCCCACUGGGAUUGAUCUUCAGACACUAGCAGAGUGGAGUUCCUCUCCCAUCAGCCACCAGUUUGAUGUGGUGAGCCCCUCGCACAUCUGGGUUUUUGCCCAUGUAACGCAAGGCCAGGACCCCUGGGUCAUCAGCCUCUCCAGCUACCUGCGGCAGGAGAACCUGCCCAAACACUGCCCCACUGCCCUUAACUACGCCUGGAUGUUUGCCUACACCCGCCUACAGCUGCUGUCUCCACAAGUAGACAUAAACAGCCCCAUCAAUGCCAAAAAAGUGAACAGUUUGAACAGCAGUGACUCCUAUAUUGGCCUCUGGAGGAACUACCUGAUUCUCUGCUGCAGCUCUGCCUCCCCGUCCAUGAGUUCUUCAUCCUCCACUUCGGGCUCCGUCCGCUGCUCCCCGCCGGAGACGCUGGCGUCUACGCCGGAUAGUGGCUACAGUUACGAUUCAAAGAUUGUUGGCACUCCGUCCCCCUCGUCCCUGUUCAAACACAUUGUUCCGAUGAUGCGCUCUGAGAGCAUGGACAUCACAGAGUCUUUGGUUUUGGGGCUUGGCAGGACCAACCCUGUUGUCUUCAGAGAGCUGAUGGAGGAACUGAAUCCAAUUAUAAAAGAGGCUCUAGAAAGAAGGCCUGAAAACAUGAAGCGACGCAGGCGUCGGGACGUCCUCAGAGUCCAGCUGGUCCGGAUAUUUGAGCUACUUGCUGAUGCUGGUGUCAUCAGUCAGAUAGCCAGUGGAGGGUUAGAUGGAGAGAGCCAUUCACUAAACAGCACCCUGCUGGAGUAUGUUGAUCUGACCCGGCAGCUGCUGGAGGCAGAAAAUGACAAAGACUCUGAUACGCUGAAGGACAUUCGCUGUCACUUCAGUGCACUUGUGGCCAAUAUCAUUCAGAAUGUUCCAGUUCACCAGAGGAGGACCAUCUUCCCUCAGCAGUCGUUGCGCCACAGUCUCUUCAUGCUGUUUAGUCACUGGGCUGGUCCCUUCAGCAUCAUGUUCACUCCUCUCGAUCGCUACAGUGACAGAAACAUGCAGAUCAAUCGCCAUCAGUACUGUGCAUUAAAGGCCAUGUCUGCAGUGUUGUGUUGCGGACCUGUAGCUGAUAACGUCGGUCUCUCCUCCGAUGGCUACCUCUACAAGUGGCUGGAUAACAUUCUGGAUUCACAGGACAAGAAGGUUCACCAGCUGGGGUGUGAAGCUGUGAUGCUGCUGCUGGAGCUGAAUCCAGACCAGAGCAACCUCAUGUUUUGGGCUGUGGACCGCUGUUACACUGGCUCACGUCGUGUGGCCACCGGCUGCUUCAAGGCCAUUGCUAAUGUCUUUCACAACAGGGAUUAUCAGUUUGACACUGUGGUGCUGCUGAACCUGAUCCUGUUCAAAGCCGCGGAUUCUUCCAGGGAUAUAUACGAGGUGGCGAUGCAGCUUUUACAGAUCCUGGAGCCGAAGCUCUUCCGCUAUGCCCACAAACUGGAGAUUCAGCGAACAGACGGGAUCUUGACCCCUCCCUCACCUCUUCCUCACCUGUACUCAGUGUCGUACUACCAACUUUCUGAGGAGCUCGCAAGGACUUACCCAGAGCUCACUCUGCCCAUCUUCUCAGAGGUGAGCCAGCGCAUCCAAACAGCACAUCCUAGCGGUCGUCAAGUAAUGUUGCACUACCUCCUACCGUGGAUGAAUAACAUGGAGCUGGUUGAAUUCAAACCGACCACGCGGAGGCCAGAAGAUUGUGGCAGUGGUGAGGAAGAGGAAGACGUCAAAGAUCAGGAGAUUAUGAUGGUCAACAGUCGCCGGUGGCUCCGUGGAGAUGGCUGGGGAUCUCCUCGUGCAACAGCCAUGGUCCUAAACAACCUCAUGUUUAUGACUGCCAAGUACGGAGAUGAGUUUGCUUGGUCAGAAAUCGAGAACGUAUGGACAACAUUAGCAGACAGUUGGCCGAAGAACCUCAGAAUCAUUUUACACUUCCUCAUCAGUAUGUCGGGGGUCAGCAGUGACCCCAGCCUCCUGCCCUACGUGAAGCGAGUGGUGGUUUACCUGGGCAGGGAUAAAACUAUGCAGCUGCUGGAGGAGUUGAUGUGGGAGCUGAAGUUGACUGAUCCUGUCAGCUCAGCUGUCACUCACAUGGACAACCCCCCUUAUUAUCGCAUAUCCUCCAGUUACAAGAUUCCCUCAGUCACCUCAGGGACAACCUCCAGCAGCAAUACCAUGGUGCCAGGAAACGAAGGUCAUCAUGACAGCAAGACCAAAGACACGAACAUGGAAGAAAGUUACACCCACCUGGAUAUCUACUCUGGUCUGAACAGCAAUCUGAACCGGCAGCACCACCGUCUGGAGUCACGCUACAGCAGCAGCUCCGGAGGCUCCUAUGAAGAUGAGAAGAGUGAUUCCAUGCCACUUUAUGCAAACUGGCGUUUGAAAGUGAUGGAUCACAACCAGCCAGAACCUCUUCCCUUCCCUCCAACAGGGGGCUGCUGGGCUCCUCUUGUGGAUUAUUUACCAGAGACAAACACCCCUGCUGUGCCGCUCCACAGGUGCAAUAUUGCAGUCAUCCUGCUGACGGACCUCAUUGUGGAUCAUGGAGUAAAAGUAGAGUGGAGUACCUAUCUGCACCUUUUGCUACAUGCAGUGUUUUUAGGUUUUGAUCACCAGCACCCAGAGGUCUAUGAGCACUGCAAACGGCUCCUGCUUCACCUGCUCAUCGUCCAUUCUGCAAACAGCAGCGUCCAGUCUGUAGCCAUGGUGCUUUUACGCAACAGAGACUACAACGAUCCCAGGGUUCUGACGGUGAAACCAGCACCUCCUGAGUUCAACCUCACAGUUCCCAUCGGAACGCAGGAGAUUUUGACAGAUUUUCAGCCUUCACCGAUGACCGACUCUGGCCUCAGCUCCAGCUCCACGUCCUCCAGCAUAAGCCACCUUUCCCACCUCUCUCCCACACUUGUGAGUGAGACGGAGGUUACAGCUGAGCAGGAUGAGAAGGCUAAAGCGCUCAUUGAGUUUAUCACGUCCAGGAAGCGAGGUCCGCUCUGGAAUCACGAAGACGUGUCCCCCAAGAACCCCAACAUUAAGAGUGCCGACCAGCUGAGUGUUUUUGUCCGACACGUUGUGACGGUCUUCAAACAUUCCCAGACAGGUUUCCAACUUGACUCCUUGCUGAGUGAAGUAGCUCUGAGGACAGCUCUGUCUUGCUCCUCGCGCCACUACGCUGGCCGCUCGUUCCAGAUUUUCAGAGCACUUAAACAACCUCUGACUUUGGCCACGCUGUCUGACAUUCUGUCCCGUCUGGUUGAGACUGUCGGCGACCCGGGAGAGGAGGCUCAGGGUUUCGUCAUCGAGCUGCUCCUGACUCUGGAGUCCUGCAUUGAUACUUUAGCAGACUCUAUCAAAAACUAUGAUCUCCUUUCUGCCUUAGCACAAAGUUCUGCCCGUGACCAGUUGCUGGGAGCGAAGUUUGCUGCCAACAGGAAGAGCACCGGCCAGCUCAACCUCAACAGCAGCAAUCUGAUCCACUGUGUCCACGCUCGAAGCCACUCGCUCCGAGCCAGCCUGAUGGGCGAGCGGAAAGUGGACAGGCGCAGAAGCAACACUCUGGAUGUCCCUGAGCGACUUGGCGGUAGCCACCUAAAUCUGCUGCGCACAAAGAGCCUAUCGUCGCUAGGCGGGGGAGGGAGUCAAGGGGGAGACAGCAUCCCACCUGUUGACCCCUCAAACCUGAUGGCCACCGUGUUCUGGAUCGCCGCCUCUUUGCUGGAGUCCGACUACGAGUUUGAGUACCUGCUGGCCCUGCGGCUCCUCAACAAGCUGCUGGGCCAGCUGCCUCUGGAUCGUGCGGACAGCAGAGAACGCCUGGAGACGGUCCAGGAAAAGCUGAAGUGGUACAACUUUCCUGGCCUGCAGCAGCUCUUCCUCAAGGGUUUCACCUCUGCUUCUACGCAGGAGCUCACCAUCCACCUGCUCAGCAAGCUCAUCACUGUCUGCAGACAAACACUGGUAGACCCUUCACAGGUGGCAGGCUUCCCUUUGAACAUCCUGUGCUUGCUGCCACACCUCAUCCAACACUUUGACAACCCGACUCCUUUCUGCAAAGAGACGGCUGACAAGAUAGCCAAAGUGUGUGCUGAUGAGAAGUCCGCCACGCUGUCCAACCUGGCCCACAUGAUGAGCCUGUACAGCACACACAGCUACUCCCGCGACUGCACCAACUGGAUCAACGUGGUCUGUCGGUACCUCCAUGAUGCCUUUGCAGAGAGAACCUUGAACCUGGUCACCUACUUGGCUGAGCUGCUGGAGAAGGGCCUUCCCAGCAUGCAGCAGUCUUUGUUGCAGAUUAUCUACAGCCUUUUGAGUCAUAUUGACCUAUCAGCAGCUCCUGUCAAACAGUUCAACCUCGAGAUCAUGAAGAUCAUCGGUAAAUAUGUUCAGAGUCCUCACUGGAAAGAAGCCCAAAACAUUCUGAAGUUGGUCGUGUCUCGCUCUGCCAGCCUCGUGGUCCCAGACGACGUGCAGUGCUCGUACAGCACAGAAUCCUGUGGGUCUCCAGAAAUCGCCUUCACUCGUAUAUUCAACAACUCCUCAAAGGAGCUGCCUGGGAAGACUCUGGACUUUCAUUUUGACAUCUCAGAGACUCCAAUUAUAGGCCAUAAAUAUGGAGAUCAGCGCACAGCAGCUGGCCGGAAUGGAAAAGCUCAGGUGAUCGCUGUGACGAGGAGUACCUCUUCUACCUCGUCUGGCUCUAACUCCAACGGCCUGGUGCCAGUGAGCUGGAAAAGGCCUCAGCUAUCUCAGAGAAGAACCAGAGAAAGGCUGAUGAAUGUCCUGUCUUUAUGUGGCCCAGAAUCCGGCAUCCCCAAAAACCCUUCUGUGGUCUUCUCAUCCAAUGAGGAUCUGGACUCAGCAGACCAGCAGACGAGUUUGAUACCCACGGUGGAGGAGGUGGUGAGGGAGGAGGAGGUGCAGGGAGAAGACACGGGCAGCGAGCAGCAGUUUGGAGUCUUUAAAGACUUUGACUUCUUGGAUGUGGAGUUGGAGGAUGCUGAGGGGGAGAGUAUGGACAACUUCAACUGGGGUGUCCGGCGCCGGUCCCUGGAGAGCAUGGACAAGGGGGACACGCCAUCAUUGCAGGAGUGCCAGUACACCGGCAGCACGCCGAGCCUCAACCUCACCAACCACGAGGACACGGACGAAUCGUCUGAGGAGGAGGUACUGAGCGCUAGCCAGAUUCUCACCCACUCUGGCCUUCUCAACAGCGACUCCGCCACAGACGACACUGCAUCCAACCACGUGGACUCUUUGCAGCAGUCCCAAGAGUCGUCUAGCAGCGCCAUGACCGAAGAGGCCACGGUUCUGCCCACCCUGCCCUCUCUUCCCUCCCUCCCCCGACUGGAUAGCCCCAGUUUGGAGAUGGCCCACUCAGACAGCACCAGCAGCCAGCUGCCUGAGGACGCUGUUAGCAUGACCGCAGCUGAUGAGCUGAGCAGCAGCAUGAGUGAGGACAUGGGAUUUUGCAGUGCCCCCCCUUUGCCCUCUGACCCUACAGAACUAUGUGACCUCCCAGACUCACAGGACCCCCAAGACUCUCAGGACUCCCAGGAGGCCCAGGACCCUCCAGAAGACCUGGAUCCGGCCCCCCCUCCCCCGCCGGCCAUGGACACACCACCAGGAUCCUUUAGUGAAGAGGAAGCCCAAACGGUACUGCCCCUGUGCAUUACCAUUCCGACAGAUCCCAAAGCUGAUCCCUACCCAGAUCCAGACAGCACCUGCGGUUCUAUGUGGGAAGAAGAUGUGACUCAGGCUCUGAAGGAGCUGGAUGAGCGCUGUGAGGAGGAAGAGGCUGACUUCUCUGGCAUGUCUAGUCAGGAUGAAGGUGACGCAGAUGGCUUCCCAGAGACCCAGGCCUCUCCGCCCCCUUCGCCCUUUCUCUCCGCCAUUCUGGCAGCAUUCCAGCCUGUCGCCUAUGACAAUGAAGAGGAUGCUUGGCGUUGCCAUGUCAACCAGAUGUUGUCCGACACAGACGGGUCCUCUGCUGUUUACACGUUCCAUGUGUUCUCCAGACUCUUUGAGAGAAUCCAGAGGAAGUUUGCUUCUAUUACACAUGCUUCUGUUCGCUUUCUUGGAGAAAGGCUCCAGCGGAUGGGCAACCAGUUUCUCAGCUCUCUAGAAGUCAUGACGUCAUGCUCACGAUGUCCAACUGUGUUGCUGGAUGCAGAAACGCUGGUCUCCUGUGGACUCUUGGAGACUCUUAAGUUCAGUGUGUUGGAGUUGCAGGAGCACCUGGACACUUACAACACCAAAAGGGAAUCCGCAGAGCUUUGGCUGGAGAACUGCCGGAAAACGUUCAGUGACCAAGACAACAGCCAACCACCCAGUACUCACGCGCAGCAAAUGGAGAAUCUGGCAGAGCUGGAGUUGUGUCGGAGGCUCUAUAAGUUGCACUUUCAGUUGCUGUUGCUGUUCCAGGCUUAUUGUAAGCUCAUCAGCAGGGUGGACACCAUCAAGAGAGAGGCCGAGGUGACCAACAUGUCAGAGGAGCUCACCAUCCUGGAGAGCUGCCUGAGCGAGGUGGAGGCAGGAAAUGAUGCUCAGGAGGACGUGUGCAUGUCCGAUAACGCCCAGACCAACACGGAGACGGCCAUCCAGUCUCUGAUAGAAACUCUCCAAGCCAGAGACUUCGGCUCCGCCCUCACACAGGUCAAAGUCUUCAGGGCCCUGUGGCCUAACGACAUCUUCGGCAGCGAGAAGGAUAACGCUGUCCAGACCCUUCUGCACAUCUACUUCCGUCACCAAACGCUGGGCCAGACCGGCUGCUUGGCGGUGGUGGGUCCCAGCAGGGAUCUGUCUCAGGCCAGCACCCGCCUCAUGGAGCUCAACCUGCAGAUUCGUGAGGCUCUGAGUCAGGCCCAGGCCUGCCAGCCCCACGGCAUCAUGGUCAGCGCUGGACAGUGAGGUGGCGGCGGCGCAGCAGCUUAGACUGAACUGAACACACACACACACACACACACCCUCAGUUCUACACACGCCUCACAUCAGCUGUAGGGGGGGGGGGGGGGGGGGGGGGGCAGGAGGACAGAGAGACUCCACAUACAAAGGGCUAAAGGAUGCGUGGGACUAACUGUGACUUCAUCCGUUAUUACCUGUAUGAAUGCUUUAAGCUAAUCUCUGUCCCCAGACUAAGCCUACCUGCAAAGCUCAGUUGCAAUAAUAAGUCACAUGAUGGCGUGUGAGGGAGAGUGUGUUGUGGUAGGACAAGAACAUUUGUGUUUUAGGUUUUUUUGUCUGCUCGGACCCAGGGGAUCCCAUCACAGGAAGUGGUGGUGUCCGGCCCGGGAGUCGGUGUUGAAGCACGUACGACCGUCCGGAGGCGUCGUGUGGGGACAUCGAGGUUCACGAGCAGAAAAAUACUGUUCAGGAGAAGAGUUUUCAGACGCGUGCUUACGGAGAGAGAAGCGCUGCACUGAAGAAUAUUUUUUGAGAAAUGUAUUUUUUAUUAGAGCUAACAUGCUUGGCUGUAAAUGUUAGGAUAUUUAACGUGUCAUUCUGGACCCUGUGGGGAAACUCUUGCCUUCAGGGAGUGUAUAAAGAUGUUUGGUUGCUCGGAGUCCCUUCCUGCAGGUCUUCACGCAAAAAUCACACCGUAACCAAAUAAGUAGAUGCCUUUAGACUCUUGACUGUGUGGUUUAUAUUGGGAGUUCUGGUAUACGCUCACACACAAAAUGCAUUUGAUUGCACACAAGUGCAGACUAGCUACAGCGCUCACUAAGGAAGCAUAACUUAUUUUACUCUGUAUAUAUUUUAGAAGAUGUAAAGAUGUGUAAAACCAAUAUUUUCCCCUUGUACUUUUUGUGUAACGCACUGUUCAUCCACAGCAGGAUGUCUGUAUAAAGCUAAUGUGAGGGGAAGCUGAGACCAGCUUUGUCAUUUCUGAUCCAUUCCACCUGUUCCAAAAGCAUUUUCCAGAGGCUGCCUUGUCCAUAUGCAUUCCUAAUCCACUGUGAUCCGUUUCAUGUUUUCAUCCUGCUACUAUUCGAUGUCAUUUGAGAGGAAACUGCACCAAACUCUCGAAAAGACCCCAUUUGCUGCUGAGUGCAGGACACGGACUGUUAUGCUUGUUGGGAAGCAUGUGAUGGCACAUUGAACUCCUCUGCCCAGCUGGUACAAAUACAGGAUCUACCUGGGAGACGCUUUCUUGUAGGUUUUAUUUUUCCUUUAACGUCCCAGCCUUCUCUGGAUAAAAAUAAAGUCUUAAUUCUGCAGAA